AUGAAGAGCAUCUUCAACCAUGAGCAUGUCUCAACUUCAACGACCGUAAAUGAUCGAGUCAUCAAUGGUUGUUUCCUCCGAAAAACUACAACAAAAGAACUCAUUUAUCUCAAAGCUUUUCAAGUCCAAUCAGAUUCCAUUUCCUUUGCUAUUCAAGAAACAUGUCUUUAUGAUCAGAUCAUGAUCGUUUUGUCGGAGAUGUAUCUCCCGCCCUCUACUCAAGAACGUCCUUUCAGUUAA